GAACGCGCAGGCCAUCAACACAUUCCACACCGUGCACCGUACCAUCCAUGCCGAUACCCCUCGUCUCCAAUGCAUAUCUCGACGAGACGUCCGCGAAGAUCCGUGCGAAGCCUGUGCCAUGGGAGGCCUACCAGCGCGCAGACCUGAUCACGAGCGAUGAGCUGGCGAUGAUCAAGAAGGUAGACAGGCAGCCGAAGGCAAAGAUCGAGUCCCUUCUCCUUUCCGACGGCCAGGCGUACGCGCUGCUGUAUCUCCGCCUGCUCAAGAAGCUGCAACGGGUGGAUACGCAGCAAUGUAUCUUGGUGCUCAUUAUGGAUGCUCUAGCUGACCAUGAGGAACGCGUGCCAUUGUUCACCAGGGCUCAGAAUACAGACCCUGAGCUGCCAUAUGGUCCAUUAUCCCGAAUGCUUGAGUCCCAAGACGACUUUGUUCAGCUCAAAGCGACCCAAAUUAUGACAGUCCUUCUGAGUUCCGAGCCCUCAACACUACGCCCGCAGCAAUUCCAUCCGUUCCUCAAUACUCUUGCCGCAUUCAUUGUCGGAAAGACCCCGAACAAGCAAGACGUCGCCGUUCAGUGUCUCGAAGCCAUCCUCCCUCGACCCGAGUGCCGCAAGGCUGUUUGGUCUAACGCUCCACUCAUGACUGGGCUAGUCGACAUCCUCAAACGCAAUUCCAGCGCACAAAUGACCUACCAGGUCGGCUUCUGCAUCUGGCUGCUCACCUUUGACCAGGAGGUCGCGGAGCAGAUCAACAAGAAGUACGAUGUAAUACCCAUUCUCACUAACGUUGCGCAGAAUGCGGUGAAGGAGAAGGUCAUUCGCGUUAUCGUUGCCACUUUCCGAAACCUGGUCUCGAAGGCACCCUCCGCCAACCUCCCUGCGAUGCUUGUCUCUCAACUCCUACCGUUCGCGAAGAAUUUGUGUACACGGAAAUGGACCGAUGAGGAUAUCAUCGAAGACGCGCAGUACCUCCGUGACGAGCUUAAUGCGCGAUUCGAGAGCCUGACGACGUACGAUGAAUAUAGCUCAGAGCUGAUCUCGGGCCACCUAUCGUGGACGCCCGUACACGAGUCUGAACUAUUCUGGAAAGAAAAUGCAGUCAAAUUGAAUGAUAAUGACUACGCACAAGUGAAAACACUAAUAAGGUUCCUGAAUGAGUCAAGCGACCCCAUUGUGCUGGCGGUUGCCUCACACGACAUCGGUCAGUAUGUCAAGCAUUGCGAACGAGGGAAGAAGAUUGUCACGGAUCUGGGUGGGAAGACGCGCAUGAUGGAACUCAUGUCGCACGAUAAUUCCGAUGUACGAUAUCAGGCAUUGGUCACCGUACAACAUCUAGUUAGCCACCCGUGGGCUGCUGUCUAAUGGUGACGACGAUGUGUAUUACACAAAUAUUCUGGACUGUUUCAUUGGACACUAUUGGGUCGUAUGACGGCG